AUGGCAGACUUCCUAGCUGAAAAUAAUUCUUGCGGUCAAACUUUGUUAAAGCUUGUCAGUCGUGGCAAUGCAAUUAUUGCCGAGUUAUUGCGACUAUCAGAUUUUGUACCUGCAGUAUUUAAAUUAGAAACUAGAGAAGAGAGAGAGAGAUAUGGCGAUAUAAUUAUUGAUUUUUCCUAUUUUAAGACCUCAGAAUAUGUCGAAAAGAAAAUUGAGAAUUCACCUGAACUACAAGAUUUCGAUGAAGCUUUCCGGGAUAAUAACUUGGAAAUUUUAACUAGAUUUUAUUUAGCGUUUGAAAGUGUGCACAAAUAUGUUACCGACUUAAAAAGCUAUUUGGAAGAUCUAAAUGAGGGAAUAUUUAUUCAGCAAACGCUAGAAAGUGUCUUAUUAAAUAUCGAUGGCAAACAAUUAAUGUGUGAAGCGUUAUAUCUCUAUGGUGUUAUGUUGCUAACCAUCGAUUGGAAAUUCGACGGUACUGUUCGAGAAAGGUUGCUUGUAUCAUAUUACCGAUACUGCGCCGCUAAAGAUGCUGCUGAAUCCAAUAUUGAUGAUGUCUGUAAGUUACUACGUAGUACUGGUUACUCACGUGCGCCUGGAGCUAAACGACCAUCGAAGUAUCCAGAAGAAUAUUUUAGGCGUGUACCUGUACCGAAUGAGUUAUCGAAAAUGUUAAUAGGAAGAUUACGAUCAGAUGAUAUUUAUAAUCAGAUUACUUCAUACCCGAUACCUGAACAUCGCAGUACUGCAUUAGCAAAUCAAGCGCGUAUGUUGUACGUUAUCUUAUAUUUUGCUCCAGAAAUGUUACAUAACGAAAGCGCAAAGAUGAGAGAGAUAGUGGAUAAACACUUUCCUGAUAAUUGGGUAAUAAAUGUCUAUAUGGGACAUUUAGUAAAUCUAGUAGAAGCUUGGGAACCUUAUAAAGCUGCAAAAACUGCUCUUAGCAACACCAUAGCACAGACAAAUCUAAGAGAAUUUGCUGUAAAGUUUGGUAAAAGUGUUCGUUCCUUAGAUUCAUCGGUUCUUAAACUUUUAAAAGAAGGUGCAUUAACUGAAGAUUAUGUUUUGGAUAAUAUUCCAAAAUUAAUGCACCUUAUACGUGAGUGUAACGUUACUCUACGCUGGAUAAUGUUACACAUUACUGAUGUCGGUGCAGAUAAUAUUAAGAAAUGUCGUCAGUUACGUGAAGCUGUUAUAGUUGGAUCUGAAUUUAGCCCUAAAUCUCUGUUUGACCUGUUAAUUGACACUUCACAGCUCGAAUUUGUUAUUAAAGAGAUGUUUAGGAAUAUGCUUUCCAAGAAAGAAAGUGAAUGGGAAUCGAGUAAAAAGGAAAGUUCUGAAAGAAUGGAAGAGCUUGGCGAAGUUUUUUCUGGUAGUAAACCUUUGGCUCGGAUAGAAAAAAAUGCUAGCCUACAGGCUUGGUUUACAGAAAUGAAAAAUCAGAUUAAUUUACUGAACUAUGAUGAUUCCACAUCUGCUGGUAGAAAGAUCGUUCAACUAAUACAGGCCCUGGAAGAAGUCCAAGAAUUUCAUCAACUAGAAACGAAUUUGCAGGUCAAGCAAUUCUUAGCGGAGACUGGGGGUUAUCUGCGCAAGAUGCUUAGAAUAAUAAAUAUUAAGGAAGAGAACCUGAUCAGUUUAGAUAUUGUAGCGGAUAUGUCAUACGCAUGGGAGAUAAUUGACAACUUUACCGAACUAAUGCAAAAAGGUAUAAGAAAAGAUCCUAGCUUGGUAACUAAACUAAGGGCUACUUUCUUGAAGGCUGCGUCAGCUUUAGAAUUACCUUUAGUUAGAAUUGGCCAAUGUAAUAGUCCUGAUCUUAGGAGUGUCUCGCAAUAUUAUUCAGCUGAGCUUGUAUCUUAUGUUAGAAAGGUGUUGCAAAUUAUACCUCAGACAAUGUUUGCAUUACUUGGAGAGAUUGUGAAAUUGCAAACUAUGAACCUAAAGCCGGUACUUCCUACUCGUCUCGAUAAGGAUAAAUUGAAAGAGUUUGCUCAACUAGAGCAGCGACAGAAGGUAGCUAAGUUGACACAUUCAAUAUCUAUCUACACGGAAGGAAUCUUGUUAAUGAAGACAACUUUAGUCGGUAUUAUCAAGGUAGUCGAUCCUAAGCAACUACUUGAGGAUGGAAUUCGGAAAGAGUUAGUACUACGGGUUGCCUUUGCGUUACACAAAGGCUUAAUGUUUAAUCCAAAAUCAAAGGCACAUGAGCUACUACACUGUCUCAAAUCUUUACAAGCAAUUAUGGAUGGAUUUAAGAGAUCGUUCGAGUAUAUCCAGGAUUAUGUAAAUAUAUAUGGAUUAAAGAUAUGGCAAGAAGAGGUCACUAGGAUUAUCAAUUAUAAUAUUGAACAAGAAUGUAACAGUUUUUUAAGAAAGAAGAUAGAAGAUUGGCAGUCAAUUUAUCAAUCAACCGCUAUACCAAUUCCACGUUAUCCACCAAUGGGGGACGGUUCCGUAAACUUUAUCGGCAGGCUAGCGAGAGAAAUAUUAAAAUUUACUGAUUACAGAACUAGCUCUUACAUCAACCAAAUGAAUGCAUGGUACGACGUGAAAACAAAGGAAGAACUAGUUAAUAUUAAAUUAUUUUCACAAUUACAGGUUAGUCUGGGUACUUGUGGACUAACAGGACUUGAUCGACUAUUGUGCUUCAUGAUUGUAAAGGAAUUACAGAAUUUCAAAGUUUUCCACGUUAAAAGAGCAAUGAAAGAUGGAAUGUUUUGUACUAUGUUGAACUCUUUGAACCAACAAAUACAACCAACAACAAAAUUAGUUGGUAAUGCGUCAAAAAUUUAUUCUCUUUUCAUCGCUAAAAUCGAGAAAAAAUGGCCUUUAUAUUCCGCAAUCAUUUUAAGGGUUGGACAAAUGCAAUUGAUUCGCUGUCAAAUCCUCCGGGAACUUAAUUUUUCUUGUAAAUUCGACUCUAAGAUGUUAUCUGGUUGCUUAGAGACUUUCAACAAAGCGAUCCUAAUGGAUAUACAGAAACAUUAUUCCGAUCCGAAUUUACCCUAUCCCGGUGAAGAUAAUCCAUUGUUGUUCGAAUUAACAACAUACUUAGAAACUGCUGGAAUUGCUAAUCCUCUUAAGAAGAUUUAUGUCACCAUGAACAACAUCCCACAUUUAUCACUCUUCAUUUUCUCCUUCGUGCUGGCUCAGCUGCCUAAGUUAACUUUUGUUAAAAGUGCUGGUGGUCUCUUUUGCAAGAAAGUAAAUGAUCCUUGUGACGGCGCCCCAUUUGUUGCAGGAAUUGUGACAUUACUGCAGCAAUUUCAUACGAAAAAUACUGAUGUAUUUUUACAACUUAUCGCUCAAUACUUACGAUCAGUAAUGGAUUCUUCUAGUUCCACGACCAAAAGUAGCGAUUUAUCUCCUGAUGUUACGAACUGUUUUGUAUUCUUGGAUAAUUUCAUACACUAUGCUAACAUUCCUCGAAAGAAUAUCGAAGCGAUUUUCCCGGAUUAUGUAUUCAACGAAUUUUAUCACUACGUUAGUAGCUAA